CGCGGCCAUUUCGCCUCAGCCGUCGCUUUCGCCGCCGCCAUGAUGUCGACGUCCUAUCCCCGCUUCUCGUCCCUUUCGAUUCUCUUCCCCAUUCCGCAAGCAUUCUGUCCUCCCCUCCCUCACCGGCUUGAAAUAAACGCGCCACCCUCACUUUCGUAGCGGCCCGUGGCUUUCACGGAAGGUUUUAUAAUCAGAUCUAUCAUAACGUGGCUGUAAGGCUCACCCCCCACCCCGCCACCGUUGAGUCCGUUAUGGAGUGUAUCUCAGGGGUGUAGUGGGCCAGUGUCUGGGUGUCUCCGCCCCGGUAAAGAUCCAGCGAAGGGCAAGGCCGUGAUCGGGCACGGAGUAAGAAGCUCUUCGGAGGAAACUCCGCUCUCUAUCCCGCCCGAAAUCAUCCUCCUCCUCAUCAUCAUUAUGCCGCGGCAGCAAUAAAGCGAGACCGUUUCCUCUCCGAAAGCCGGCCGGCGAGUAGGGUUGGGAUGGGGGGUUGCGGCGACUGGCUACGGGCCGGCCUCGGAGCGGCCCAGGUGAGGGCCCGGGUGCCGAGCGCCAGCGCCGCCUUCCUCGCCCUCGUCCUCUUCUUGUGGCUGAGUGGGCCCGAGGAGGCCUUUACCCUGACAGCCAGCUCGGUGCUCUCUCACCGCCAAGUGUACCGGUUACUGAGCUACUGUUUUUCCCAUGACAAUGUCUUUGCCUUGCUCAUCAAUGUUGCAUUGUUAGUUGUCUUGAGCAGCCGCCUGGAGCAACAGUUGGGCACUAUUCGAUACUUCUACCUCUCCAUCCUUUUUGCUGUUUUUUCUGCAUUGUUUUAUCUUCUUUUGGGCAAAUUACUAAGUCUUUAUGAAACACCAGUGUGUGGUUUUACAACUGUUCAGUUUGCUAUGGUGACACUAAGUUGUUGUAAUUCUGGAAUGAAAAGGACCAUCAGAAUUGCAGCAGUACCUUGGAUAUUCCUCCCUGUUGCCUACCUUAUUAUUCCAGGUUCAUCUGUCUUUCUCCAUAUCUGUGGAAUUAUUGUUGGGCUGACCUAUAGCUUUAGAUUUUUAUUUUGCCUGGAGUUGUCAAACUCAUUGAUAGAUUCUAUUGAAAGGCUGGCUAUCUGUAAGUUCCUGCAACGUAACUCCUGGAUUCCAUUUAUCUUCUCUCCAGCAAAAUAUCAUCUUCCUGUUAGUAACACUGAGAGAUUCCAUUCUGUGCCAGAACUCCACAGAGCCCAAGGAUCUUCAACAGCACAUUUAGCAGCUGCUUCUGAUGAUUGUACUACGAGAGAAGGCAACAGCUACAAUAUUGAAAUAGAUUCUCAGUGGACAGAAACUUCCAACCAGACUUUGCCUGCUUUGCAGCCUCACACUGGAUCUUCACAUACCAAUUACUUACAAGCAGAACUGUAUAAUCCAUAUGAUUUUGCACAUCUUAGACAACUAGAUUCCAACUAUCAUCCCUCUGGAUUUUAUCACCUGAAUCCACAUGAUGUCUAUGCUGCUGCAGCACAUGGUCUUCUCACUGAUGAGGAUCUUCUUCAUGCUGGUGUUAUUGCCUCCUUACGGGAAUCUGGAAUGGACCAGAAUCGUAAAGUGGAAAUACCUAAAUCUUCAGUCUCUUCUCUGCGAUUACAGCAAUUAAAACAGAUGGGUUUUUCAACUGAAAAGGCUGUUUUAGCAUUGGCUGCUUCAGGAAAGAUAGAAAGUGCCAUUAACCUUCUAGUGGAAGACCAAGUUGGAGACGAUGCUGUUGUGACAGCAGCCAAAGUGAAAACAACAUCCACGUGAUUAUGAUCGAUACUGCUGGUUAAUGUCCUCAGCAGAAGCAAUUGACUUUACAGGCUCCUGAAAGAUAACUUAAUAAUGGCCAUAUGAUGCAACUUUUGAUUGGGUUGCAAAAUGAAAUAUAAGCGUCGUUCAGCCCUUUUUUGUACAUAUACAGAACAAUAAAAUUAUUCCUUACAUUGUCAAGCCUAGUGGUCAAUUUUUAAUGGUAUAUUUCAGCAUGGUCAAUAAUACUUAGACAUAUGUUGAAAGGGAUAGUGGACAGAUGGAUAUGGUUUCAAAUCUGUUUUCCAUACGUCAGUGCCAAGUCCCAAGAUGGCACGCUGCGUGUAGAGUCAAUUAAAGUGAAAUACAGCAGUUUUAGAUAGCUAAACACUGAACCUGUACUUGCUGUCACAUUUGGAAUUAUAUGAAAUGUCAUGAAGAAUACAAACAUAAAAUUAAUUCAAAUGUGUUCCUAAAUAAAAAUCCAACAUCCUAACCAAAUUU